AUGGAGGAAAGCAACAACGGUUCUGAAAAGGGAUUUCUUCUCCUGGGAUUUGCAGAUGAGCCCCAACUAGAAAGGAUCCUUUUUGUCAUAAUUUUACUUUUCUACAUCUUGAACAUCCUGGGGAACACUGCCAUCAUUUUGGUAUCUUGUUUAGCCACCAAACUCCACACUCCAAUGUGCUUUUUCCUCAGCAAUCUCUCUUGUGUGGACAUCUGCUUUGCCACAAGUGUUGUCCCACAGUUGCUGGUUACCAUGAGUAAGAAAAAAAACAUGAGCUACAGUGGAUGUGUCACCCAACUCUAUGUGGCCAUGGGGUUGGGCUCCUCUGACUGUAUUCUCCUUGCAGUCAUGGCUUAUGACCGAUAUGCUGCUGUCUGCCGACCUCUGCAAUACACAACUAUAAUGCAUCCUCAGCUCUGUGCAUCUCUGGCCAGCAUAGCAUGGCUCAGUGGACUCAUCACCUCCUUAAUUCAGUGUUCCCUUACUGUGCAGCUGCCCCUUUGUGGUCAUCGCAAACUGGACCACAUUUUCUGUGAGGUUCCUGUGCUCAUUAAACUGGCCUGCGUGGACACAACUUUCAAUGAAGUAGAACUCUUUGUGGCUAGUGUUAUUUUUCUAAUUGUCCCUGUGUCACUCAUCUUAGUCUCCUAUGGCUUUAUAACAAAAGCUGUGCUGAGGAUAAAAUCAGCAGUAGGGUGCCAGAAGGCUUUUGGGACUUGUUCUUCCCACCUGAUUCUCUAUUUUCAACUGUUUGUGGUCAUUAUUUUUUAUGGAACCAUCAUCUUUAUGUACCUUCAACCAGCCAAAAGUGGCUCAAAAAAACAGGGAAAAUUUGUCUCUCUUUUCUACACGACAGUCACCCCAGUCUUAAACCCCAUUAUCUAUACUCUGAGAAACAAAGAUGUGAAAGGGUCCUUGAGAACACUGCUUCCCUUCUGCACCCAUCACUACCUAGAUGACUCUCUGUGUGAGGUUCGAGCCCUCAUACGCUUGACAUGUGGAGGUGCAUUUGCCAGUGAGUGGCAGAUGACAGUCUCUGCUGUUCCUUUCACCAUCAUGCCACUGAGAUUGAUCCUGACUUCUUAUGGCUACAUAGCUCAAGCAUUAAGUAAAAUCCAAUACAAGGAUGGAAGGCAGAAAACCAUUGCCACCUGCUCCUCCCACCUCAUUGUGGUCUUCAUAUUUUAUGGAACUGUAGCACCAGUGUAUACAUACCCUAAGAACAACUUUGCUUCAAAAUACAGCAAAUUCUUUACCUUCUUCUACACUGUGGUCACACCAUUGUUAAACUCUCUCAUCUAUUCCCUGAGGAACAAUGAUGUAAAGGAUACCCUGUUAAAACUGUUAAGAAGAGGAUCACCAUAA